UAGUUUCAAGUCCACGGAAACUUUAGGGGGGAGUAGCCGCACGCAAUCCAUUUAGCCACCACUGGGAUCACUCAAAAAGCUAACUCGUCACAAUUCUAUUAGUGAUAUGCUGUCCAGGGGCUAUCUUUCAAUUCUCUGUACGAGUCAGUGUUCGUACAGAGCACAGGAUCAAGCUGUUCAGCUUCAGCUGGGCGAAAUUCGCCAUCGACGAUGGAGACACAUGCGUUGCUUCUCGGCCUUGCCGUUAGCUUCUUGUACAAGUAUUGUACACAUGCUCCGAUAUUGGGACCGAUACGGGGGUAUAUAAUAAUAGUCAUGAAAACGGUUGUAAUAAUAAUAAAAUCACUUCCACAUCGGACAAUAUUGGGUGCCCUCCACUGGAGGAGUCAAGAAUCGCAAUAUCCGGGUUUCAUAGGACAGAGCUCGAAUAAUAUGAUUCUGGAAGAUUCAAUCCGAGAGUCUAAGAGGGUUCCGUAUAUUCGAAUAUCCGUAGACUUGGAUGAUCAUCCAUUUCCCCGGUAAGACGUUUGAACUCAUUCAUUCGACGUCCAAUCUUUCCUAGAGU